AUGAAUAAUCAUGAUAAUUAUAAAUUGCCUUCAUUAACCAAUUCAGAAUAAUCAAUUUAAAAUCAUUUCAAAUAAUACUCUCAGCCUGUAAGAGAGACAUGGUAUCAAAAAAAUUCAAUAGACAACAAUUCUUCCAAUCAAAUUGACAUUAAUGAUCUACCUAAUUUUGAGAUUACUUCCCCUGAAAAAUAACAAUACCAGUCAUAGUUUGAUCACGAGUUUCCUCCUUUGGAUUGUUCAUUCAAGUAAGAGAAGCUGAGUUUUCAACCGAAAUAACUGGAACAAGAUCAAUAAUAUAAUAUAGAAUAUUCAUAUAAAAAGAACAGUAGCAAAGUUUCUGAAACAUAUUUUAAUGACAAUUAACCUUAAUAAUUGUUCAAAUAGGAAUCAUCACAAUUUUAUCAGAUUUAAGAUGAACCAAAACAGAGAUUUAACUUUUUGUAUUUAAAUUAAGAAUAAAUUUCUCCUUAAAAAAGUCGUUAAAUUAAUUAUGCUAAACCUUAGAAAGAAUAAACACCCGUACAUCAAAAAGCACAAAGUAAAUCAAAGUCCAAAACUCCUUAGAAAAAGCAAAACCAUUAGGAUUCCUAAAAUCUAAAAUACAUCAUAUUGGAAACGAAUGUUUCAUCAAAUAAAAAGAAAUUUAUUUGUCAAAAUCCUGCCCCAAGUUAUAUUAUUCUAGAUUUUACAGAUAAAGAAAAUCCAAAAUCAGUAUCCAAAUAAACAAUGUAAGUGUAACUUAGUUUGAAAGAUUUAAUGUAUUGA